AUGCCUUUACUCAAGCGCAAGCGAUUUGCACCUGUGGAGACGCCUGCCUACGACGAAAGUUCAAAGGAAUCUAGAAAUACGACAGUGUGGUUUUCACCUUUGACCAAAGAGAUCUUUACAGACUACUCUGAAUAUCUCAAACGCACAUCACUCUACAAAAAACCCAUUUGGCAAUGCGCUUCUUCUGGCAAAUCCAACUUGACCUACCAGGAAGCAAUGGAAAGCGAGAAGCAUGACAAGGAUCGUGUGCAAGAAAAGAUACCAGAGCUUCUUCAAAAGCGUGUGUUAGAGUAUAUUCAAUUCAGUACUUCUCGCUUGGAGACUAUCAUUGAAGAUGCCUAUCAACAUUUUAUCAACAAAUAUGCUCCAGGAGAAAUCAUACAUUGCAUUUGGGACGACGGCAUUGCUUACAAUGCCAAAAUUUUGGAAGUAGCAGACAAACCAGAAGAAGAUGUUGACGACGAAGAUAACGAAGAGUCUUACUACAAAGUGCAGCUUAUUGACGAGAAUUCAGAAGGCAUUGAUCAAGAGGAUUGUAUCAAGAUUGUAGGCGGAAGCAAAAUAAAGCGUGAUAGAUUUGCAUUCUCCAAGAACCUGCUUAGAAAGUUUAUUAGAGAAUAUGCUUUCAAAGACACUUACAUUGGAGCUCCUUGGGUUGUCAAGUCUGAAGCCGCCGAGCGAUUUGGAAUCGAUGCAAAACUACCUGAGAAGCUGCAGCUCGCCAAAGAUUUUGCCUACUCCAAAUCGAGAAAGAAGAGAAAGGACGCUACUGGACCCAUCAAUGGCUCCGUUAAAGAAGAAGUCGACUCGAACGAUGCCCGUAGAAUUGAGGCUACACUCAAGUAUCCAGUCGAAGAUUUGAAUGUGCCCACUUAUAGAAGAGAUCCCAGUGGCAAUGGGCCCUUGACCGACAUGACACCAGGCACAAAGGGAGCCAGCACCAUUGCUCAGAAUCCCACUGGCGAUAUGCCUCUGCGUCCCACGCCCAACUAUCAAAGUACCAUUCCUGCUGACUGCAUUGGCUCAUUCUUGAUGGUGUGGUCAUUCCUAGGCAACUUUUCGCACCCUCUCAAGCUAUCACCAUUUUCGCUGGAUGAUUUCGAAAAUGCAUUGCGAUACGAUUCUUCCAGCACUAUCUUGACUGAGAGUAAUAUUGCUCUACUCAACGCUGUGAUUCUUCAAAGAGACCGUCUCAAAAAGGAGAGUUUGGGCCAUGGACCCACUGCGAUGGCAGCCAACAUUGCUCUUUACGGUGCUGGUUAUUUAGCUUCUCGAGCAACAGCACCCGUCGCUCCUCAACCUCAUCUUUCCAGCUACACACCAUCCAGCCAGUACAACAGUGAAGAUGAAGACGAGGACCAGGAUGUAUGGAAGGUGCGCCAGCCCAUUGAAAAGAGAGUCUCAACAGUGGAGAGAGGUGUAGGAAGUACUGCAGUAGAGAUUGUAAGCAUCAACUGGGAUCAUGGCACUGUAGACACAGAGGCUGAACGUUAUGGAUGGGAGGAUAUCUUGAUUGGUUUUGUGAAUCAGCUUGCACCUCUUGAGCAACUGCCAGAAUUGGAUCGCAUUUUGAACAUGCUGGUGCCUAGCGAAAACUCUACUUUGGAGGAACGUGAAAACGCUUAUAGCGCGCUGUGUCUUCGUGACAAAAUCAUCCUUUUUGAGCUUUUGAUCAAUGUAGCUAAUGAGUCGUUUGUCAUCAAAAACUACUUGGAUGAAUGCCAAGAUCAAUUGACCGAACUCCGAAAGCAAAAGAUUGAUUUGAGUAGAGAACGCAAGAGAAUUCGAGCAGAGAAACUCGAGCUGGAGGACAAGCAAAAUGGAGAUGUUCAGGCAGAGAACCAUGAUGCAGGCGUGGACAGCGACUCUGACGAUGAUGCAAGUGACAAUGAAGACAAUGCUCUUUUAAAAGCUCAACGCAAAGCAGACCAGCUAUCUCGAUUGGAAUCCCGACAAGAGGCUAUGAAGCGUCGUCAAGCUGAAAGAGAGGAGCAGGAAACCAAGAGAAUGAAAUUGCAUCAUCUUCAACGCGAAGAACAACGCGCUCAAAAGAUUCGCAAUGAAGCCCGUAAGAAGCUAGAAGAGGAGGAACGUUUGAUGCACAAAAAGGAAGAGCAAGUAGAGCGCGAUAUGCGUAAAUACAGUGUCAACCGAAUCAAACCACUUGGGCGCGACAAGUUUUAUAAUCGAUACUACUAUAUGGAUGAUAUUGGAGGCACACUACUGCAUGGAUCCGGCAAAUUGUAUGUUCAAAGCCCAAGUGAUACAGAUCUCAUGAUUCUACAAGAGCGUGAUGUGAUGGAGUCAAUCGAUGCCAAUGCAACUUUACCAUGCGGGCGUGGAGGAGGUGUCAAAUUCGUAUCUCAGUUAAUGAAGGAGCAAGGCUUGGUCAAAGAGGCUGAAUUUUUUGAAGAUAGAGUGGCAAAAUUAAAGCAGAAUACAGCUAACCCUCUCGACGAAUGGUGGCAGACUUAUGAUGAUCCAGAAGAUAUACAAAAACUGAUUGACUGGUUGAAUCCCAAGGGUGUCCGUGAGUUUAGAUUGAGACGUGAAUUAGAAAAGCAAAAGCAUAAUUUGAUUACUGGCAUGAAGAAACGUGUCUCGGACCAAGUGGUUUCAAAUAGACGCCAUGAAACACUUCAACGUCGUAGCACACGCCAUCAAAAGGCAACUCCUGUCCCUCAAUAUCCUCCUGGAUCAUGGCAAGCAUACACAAACAAACUCGCCUUUCCUUAA